CACCCUGCUAAUUAACCUUUGACCACGUGUUCACUGUCUGGAACGGACCUCUCCUUUUCCAUAGAAAUUAUGGAUAGAACGCGGUUAAAAAACAUUUUAAAAGUAUUUAGUCGUCGGAAAACUAUCGACUUUGACUUCGAGUCGCCAUUACGUCGUUGCUUAGUUUUCUGGGACUUGUUUUUACUCGGAGUUGGAGGUUCAGUAGAUGUCGCUUUGUACAUUGUAUUGGGAAAUGUGAUACGCGAUUAUUGCGGUCCUUCCAUAGUGAUCUCAAUGAUCAUCGGAUUUUUCGUCUGUUUUACAAGUGGAUUUUUCUACGCGGAAUUUGCGUCGUACGUCCCUACCUCGGGAUCAGAUUACGAUUACGUUUAUUCGACUUUGGGCGAGCUGUGUGGUUUUCUUGAUGGCUGGUCAAUUCUUGUUGGAUCUGUUAUUGCCACAUCAGCUUUAGCCCAAGGCGCUGCUGACCUGUUGCGCUCACUCACAGAUUCAGCUACCUUUGAUUAUUUGGAUGCGCAUGCUACUUUGCCGGACCACGCCCUGCUCGCUUCUAAUGUAAAUAUUGUUGCGACAUUGAUUGUGAUACUCGUGAACAUUAUUACUGCACUUGGUGUACACAGCUCAGUCCGGUUCAAUGAUGCUAUUGUUUUAAUUAAUCUCCUGGUCAUCGCAUUCACCUUCAUCACUGGACUUGUCUAUGUCGACUUUGAACUUUGGUCAGGCUGGGACAAGUUUGCACCAUAUGGUGUUAAUGGUAUUCUAAAAUCAUUACCAUAUACCAUAUUUUUCUAUGGUGGAUUCAUAUGUAUCACAUUUUCGACAGAAGAGGUCAUAGAUGCACACAAGACUUUACCACGGUCUAUAAUUGCCUCGAUAGUUGGUAUUUUUGCGUGCUUCUUCUCUGUUGGAACUGUGCUGAGUCUGAUGAUCCCAUACAAUCAGAUAUCUUCAGUUUCCCCACUAUCCGACACUUUUGCAACGGUUGCCUUCAAGCAGUCUAAAUACAUUAUUGCCUUUGGUGGAUUCUGUUCCUGUUUCAGUUCUGUUCUUACAGGGUGUUAUGCAAACUCUCGACUUUCAUAUGUCAUGGCUCGAGAUGGCUUAUUAAUGAACUUCCUUCAAAAAGUUAGUAUCCGCACGUUGGUGCCAGUUCGUGCGGUAUUAUUGUCUGGAUUAAUAGCUGCCCUGCUAGCGGCAUUUUGUGACUUGACAAUCCUAGUUGAAGUAUGUUCAAUUCUUACGUUAUUACCCUAUGUGACACUUGGUAUCUCAGUUAUACUAUUACGUUACAAAGAGCAGAGUUCUGCUUACGAGUUAUCGAAUGGUGUAGUGGAAAUGACCAACCAUCAUGACGAGGGACCCAACACCCCGGCCCAAGAGAUUCCCUUGGCUACAGAUAACUUGACAAAUAACCAAACAAGCUUAUGUCAGACAAACAUUCUGUUUGAGAGCAAAACCAAAUUAAGAAUUAUAAUUGCAUUACUAAUCUUAUUUCUGUCAUCAGCAAGUAUCUCAUUAGUUGUUCAUUUUGGGAUUCUGUAUGAACUAGAUACACCCACAUUUGUUACCUUAGCUGUCAUUUUUACAAUACCACUGGUGGUAUCAAUGAUAAUUAUAUGCAGAACACCAUGUCAGAUGAUAAAGUUUCCAUUUACGGUGCCAAUGUUUCCAAUAUUGCCAACUGUUUGUAUUGCAAUGUGUACCUUUGUGAUGUUUCAAUUUAGUAUGUGGGCAUGGAUACUGUUUGUGAUUAACACAGUAAUAGGUAUAAUCAUCUAUCUUGGCUAUGGUGUUAAGAACAGCAAAGUGAACUCUUUAAAUGCUACUGUUGAAGCCACUGACCAGUUAUGAAAUGAAAUAACUGUGCAGCAAUUUA